ACUCACUCCUGAGGCUUCCAGACCCAGCAAACCUCUUGGCAUCCCACUGAAGAGAGCGCGAGAGAGCGAGCGAGAGAGAGAGAGAGACAGAGCAGAGAGACAUCCUCCAAAGAAGAAAUGGCAGGGACAUGUUCAAUUCUCUCUUUCAAAAGCAACUUUCGGACAUCUUGGUUGGUCUUUGACACUCACCGUGGAGGGAAUUUGUCGGGAAAACCAUUCAAGAGGAAACAUUUGGCGGUCAGAGCAGAAGUGAACUUCGUGAAUGCGGAAGAGGCGAAGAAUCUUACAGCUGCAGAGGGAUACGCAAUUCUGGACGUGAGGGACAAAACUCAAUUUGAGCGAGCACAUAUAAAAUCCUGUUAUCAUGUGCCUCUGUUUAUAGAAAACCAAGACAACGACUUUGGCACAAUUAUAAAGAGACAAGUGCACAACAAUUUUGCAGGAUUGUUAUUUGGUUUGCCAUUCACCAAACUAAAUCCUGAAUUUGUGCAAUCUGUCAAAAGCCAGUUUUCACCGCAAAGUAAGAUCUUGCUGGUUUGUCAGGAAGGUUUGAGGUCUGCUGUGGCUGCUAAUAAACUUGAACAAGCUGGUUACGAAAACAUCGCAUGCAUAACAUCUGGGCUUCAAUCAGUAAAGCCAGGGACGUUCGAUUCGGUAGGAUCCACAGAGCUGCAAAAUGCAGGAAAAGCAGGUCUGGUCACAAUUCAAGGCAAGAUCUCUGCAGUUCUUGGAACUGUGCUAAUCUGUGCAUUUCUUUUCAUAACCUUCUUCCCGGACCAAGCAGAGAAGCUCUUCCAGUUGGCCCCUGCAAGCUAGCCCAGAGAACCCGAAAUUCUGCAACUUGUCUGUACAUUUUUUUCUUCGAUGUAAAUUGUGAUUUGCAUAUUACCAACGACAACCCUGAAGUAGUGAUUCUUGUCAAUGUUAGUAAAAUAAUCUGGUCAAUAUGAUGUCUCGCAUAUAUAUA